GACGAAAAGAAAAAGAAAAGAACGAGGAGCGGCACUGCAAGAGUCUAGUGGGAAACCUGAAAUGGCGGAGGCGACGAGCUCGAGCUCGGGCACGUAGCUCACGCGUUGCUCCUGCCACCCCCCGCCGCGCUCGCAGGCGAACCUCCCGCCGCCGCCGCCGCCGCAGGAGACCGCUGGCUCCCCUGUGCGGCGGCUCUGCGGCCCUGGCCCUUUCCCCUCUCUCCCGCUAGGGUUUUCUCCGAUCCCCAAUCACUGUUAGUUCACAAAUGGCUUCAUCACAGCAUGUUGAGGUGGAAGCUGCGAAACUUCUUCAUAAACUUAUUCAGGAAUCGAAGGAUGAGCCUGCUAAACUAGCAACAAAACUUUAUGUGAUAUGUCAACAUAUGAAAGUAAGUGGAAAGGAGCAGUCACUGCCAUAUCAGGUCAUAUCAAGGGCUAUGGAGACAGUUGUAAACCAACAUGGAAUUGAUAUGAAUGCAUUGCGAUCAUCGCGGAUUCCAUUUCCUGGUGGCCCACAGGCAUGGGAUUCUAGUGGUGCUAUGUCAAAGGACAAGGAGAUCAUUGGUAGUCAGUCUCCCAUGGUUGGAAGUGAUGCAUCCCAAAGUAGUGGGCUAGCUGGAUUAUGGCAGUUUCCAUCAGGUUCAAUAGAUAUGAUAAGGCACGGGGCAUCUAUUUCAGGCAGGGUACCCGCAGGGCUAAAUAGGGGUGAUGUCGCAGCAGCUGAUAUUCAUCAAGGCUCCAUGUCGCAAAAGAGCGGUAGGUCUUCUGGUAUUGAAAGCCCUGCAAGUUUGCAGAUGGAGGACACCAGAUCUAUGAAUUCACAUGACUCUUUGAAAUCUGACGAAAAAACAAGCAAGAAAACCUCUUCAAAGAGAAAAAGGAUGGAUUCAAAAGCAGCUGGGGACUUGCAUUCUGAAGACAACUCAAAGUCAGAUGCUAUGUCCACUGGACACAAUACUAGAAAGGGAAAAUAUGUUGGCAAAGAUGGUAGACAAGGUCAGCCUUCCAUGGGAAUUGAGCAUGAACAAUCACGUACACUGCAAGGUGGUACUGCUCAGGUACCACCGUUACAUGGUGGUGCACCUUUUCUCAGGGCUCACCCAGAAGGUCCAUUGACUUCUUCUGGGAGGACUAUUGAAAAGACUAAACCAUCAAAUCCAUUCACAAUGGCACAAAUUCCAAAUUUUCCUGAAGGACUGGCUUCCGGUGGUGUCCCUGCCGAGUUGCAGAAAAGUAUACUGGGUGGAGCAAAUUUAUUUAAUGCUAGUUUUGGCUGGAACCCAAAUCCACAAGGUCCAAUUACAAAGAAUUCUCAAGGCUCUAUUCCCAAUUUAGUGAGGUCUGGAGUUAACAUUGAAGGGAAAGUUAAUGUAGAGUCGCAAGGAGCUUUUAACUCUACUUCCACACCGCAAAUGGAAUUCCCCACAAUUCCUCCCUACAAUUCUUCUUCCUUUGGGGGUAGCUCACAGUUUUUGGACAAGGACAAGGAAUUGGCUUCCGGCAAUAUUGGCACUGAGCUUCAUUCGGCAGCUAAAGUUGCAUCUCAGCCUGGGAUUUCCCAUGGAAGUCCAAUGCAAGAAAGGCAAGGUAUUAUCAGAGCACCACAAAGAGCCGAGGCAUCUUUUCAAGAAGGCAGAUUGUCUUUGCUUCCAAAUAGAAAUAGUGGGUCAAGUCAAAUGCCGCACGCCCCUCCCACCAUACCAUUCAAAGAACAGCAGCUGAAGCAGCUCAGAGCACAGUGCUUAGUAUUUCUUGCAUUUAGAAAUAAUUUGCAGCCCAGGAAGGUGCAUCUUGAAAUUGCCUUGGGUAGAGGGCCUCCUGCAGAAAGUGACAGUGCAGGUCAGAGAGGUAACGAGAGCAGAGGGGCUGAUGGUUUGGGGAAGGAAAAUGGAAGCAGUAGGGAAAAUUCUGCUAUUUUUUGUAGGCAAAGUGAUACUUCUAGACUUCCAUCCACAUCUGCAGGAAGUAUAGCAGAGGUUGAUUCCUUUUCGAAGGACCAAGAAACUGGCAAAAAGAAGAUCAAGGUAGCUGAACACGAGAAAUCAUUGAUGGAAGUAGAAAAUAUCCAGCAAUCUUCUGUUAUGCAGGGUACUAGUUCUGAAAUGCGUUCCCAAGAAACUGCAUCUCCCAUGCAAUCUGGACCACAGCAGUCAUACUUCCAGGGAGAUACAAGAAGAAUUGCCCCUGAUAUCCAUAGGACUGAUGCUGAAAAUUUGAAUAGGAACUUAAGUUGGGGAGGCCAGGUACCAAAUAGACAACAUCUGAAUCUGGAAGCUGCCAUUUUGGCCAAAGGUCGGCAACUAGAUGAAGCUUCUAAAGAAUCACUUGCACCUUCAAGGUCGUACCUUAUGCCUGUUGAUGGUUACAACUCCAAUUUACCAGGAGUAGAUCAAACUCCAGAGACAGCUGGAGCUGGCAAUGAUAUUGAAAAUUGUAGCCACGUAGCCGAGAUUCUGCCCAAUCAGUCUGCUGAUGAAGGAGAUGAUGACCUCUCUGAGCAUGAUGAUUUGCCAUCACCUCCUCCAAAAUACACAAUGACAGAAAAAUGGGUCCUGGAUUAUCAGAAGAGAAGAUACAAUGAAAAUAAAAAAAGGGUAUUGGAGCAGCAGAAAGCACAUAGCAGAAUUUCAUCGUCCUAUGAGAAGCUAAAGGAAAACGUUAGUUCAUCUGAAGAUCUUUCUGCAAAGACAAGGAGUGUCAUUGAAUUGAAAAAGCUUCAACUUCUCCCUCUUCAACGUCAUGUUCGCAGUGAAUUUUUGUUAGAUUUUUUCAAGCUAAAUACAGCUGACUUGGAGCGCAUAAAAGCAGUGAAGAAACAUAGGCAUGGACGGCGUGUGAAACAGCUUGAAAAAAUAGAACAGAAAAUGAAGGAGGAAAGACAAAAGAGAAUUCGUGAGAGACAGAAGGAGUUCUUUGCUGAUAUAGAGGCUCACAGAGAGAAACUUGAGGACAGCUUCAAGGUUAAGAGGGAACGCUUGAAGGGUUUCAAUCGAUACAUAAAAGAAUUUCACAAGAGGAAAGAACGAAUUCACCGGGAGAAACUGGAUAGGAUCCAACGAGAGAAGAUCAACCUGCUUAAGAAUAAUGAUGUUGAGGGAUAUCUUAGGAUGGUCCAGGAUGCAAAAUCUGAUCGUGUUAAGCAACUAUUGCGAGAGACUGAGAAAUAUUUACAGAAACUUGGGAACAAAUUACAGAAUGCAAAGUCCUCAGAUGGUCGUGCAUCUUAUGUUUCCGAUAAGAGUGACACUGCAAACGAUAUUGAAGAUGAGAGCUACCAGCCACAGCAUUAUCUAGAAAGUAAUGAGAAGUACUAUCAACUGGCCCACAGUGUAAAGGAAAUUGUAAAUGACCAGCCUUCUUAUGUUCAGGGUGGCAAAUUGCGAGAGUACCAGAUGAACGGUUUGCGUUGGCUGGUUUCAUUGUACAAUAAUCAUUUGAAUGGAAUUUUAGCAGAUGAGAUGGGUCUUGGUAAAACAGUACAAGUAAUCUCUCUGUUGUGCUACCUUAUGGAAUCAAAAAAUGACCGGGGACCUUUUCUUGUUGUUGUACCAUCGUCUGUUCUUCCUGGAUGGGUAUCUGAACUCAACUUCUGGGCGCCUAGUAUAAAUAAAAUUGCUUAUGCUGGUCCUCCUGAAGAAAGGCGCAGACUGUUCAAAGAGAUGAUUGUUCAUCAGAAAUUCAAUGUUCUUUUGACAACAUACGAGUACUUGAUGAACAAGCAUGAUAGGCCAAAACUAAGCAAAAUACAAUGGCACUAUAUAAUAAUUGAUGAAGGCCAUCGUAUAAAGAAUGCCUCUUGUAAGCUCAAUGCUGACUUGAAGCUUUAUCGGAGCUCUCAUCGGCUAUUGUUGACAGGAACUCCUCUGCAGAACAAUCUCGAGGAGCUAUGGGCACUUUUGAAUUUCCUUUUGCCCAAUAUUUUUAAUUCAUCAGAAGACUUCUCUCAGUGGUUUAACAAACCAUUUGAAAGUAAUGGUGAUAAUUCACCCGAUGAGGCCUUACUUUCAGAGGAGGAAAACUUGCUGAUCAUAAAUCGUCUUCACCAAGUUCUUCGCCCCUUUGUACUCCGAAGACUUAAGCAUAAGGUUGAAAGUGAGCUGCCAGAGAAGAUCGAAAGACUUGUUAGAUGUGAGGCAUCUGCUUAUCAGAAACUUCUGAUGACAAGGGUGGAAGACAAUCUUGGUGCAUUUGGAGCAGUUAAGGUUCGCUCUGUGCACAAUUCUGUCAUGGAACUGAGGAAUAUAUGCAACCAUCCAUACCUUAGCCAGCUUCAUGUUGAAGAGAUUGAGGGUUAUUUACCUAAACAUUAUCUGCCAUCUGUUCUGAGGCUGUGCGGAAAACUUGAGAUGUUGGACAGACUGCUACCCAAACUCAAAGCUACUGGCCAUAGGGUUCUACUUUUCUCUACAAUGACAAGAUUGCUUGAUGUAAUGGAGGAUUAUCUGGUAUGGAAAAAGUAUAAGUACCUUCGAUUGGAUGGGCACACUUCUGGCCAUGAGAGAGGAGCUCUUAUUGAUAAAUUUAAUGAUCCCAAUUCUCAAGCUUUCAUUUUUCUGCUUAGUAUACGGGCUGGAGGUGUUGGUGUCAACCUCCAAGCAGCUGAUACUGUUAUCAUAUUCGACACUGAUUGGAAUCCUCAGGUUGACCUGCAAGCACAGGCUCGAGCCCACAGAAUUGGUCAAAAGAAGGAGGUUCUUGUUUUACGUUUAGAAACGGUCCGAACUGUAGAAGAGCAAGUCAGGGCUUCAGCAGAACAUAAAUUAGGUGUUGCUAAUCAGAGUAUAACUGCCGGGUUUUUUGACAAUAACACAAGCGCUGAAGAUCGAAGGGAGUAUCUUGAAUCACUCCUACGCGAGUGUAAGAAGGAAGAAGCAGCUCCAGUGUUAGAUGAUGAUGCUCUGAAUUAUCUUCUUGCCCGGAGCGAAACUGAGAUUGACAUAUUUGAAUCUAUUGACAAGCAAAGGCGAGAAGAAGAAAUGGUGGCUUGGCAAAAGCUUGUUCAGGAUGGUUCCACUAGUGCGUUCGACCCUGCAGUAAUGCCUUCUCGUCUUGUGACUGAUGAUGAUCUCAAGUCCUUCUGCCAUGCUAUGAAGCUUUACGAGUCAUCAAAUGUAAAAACUGUAAAGGUUAAUGUUAGGCGGAAGGGUGAACUUGGGGGUCUUGAUACACAGCAUUAUGGAAGGGGUAAACGAGCUCGCGAGGUUCGCUCUUAUGAAGACCAGUGGACUGAAGAAGAAUUUGAAAAACUUUGUCAAGCUGAUUCUCCUAAUUCACCCCAAUCUGGUGGUAUGUCAAAGGAUUUAGAUAUUUCUAAGGUGGUUAAACCUGAAAUACCAGCAGAAAGUUCAAAAGAACCAGAGCAAGAAAGGAAGGAGCCAGCCCCAGCUGUUGGGGACUCCCCACCAGCUAAAAGGCGGAGAGGCAGACCUAAAAGGUCAGAUGUUGUAUUAUUUCCUACUAGAGACCUGACUAGUGCUGGCAAACAAGAGACUGGAACCAUAGAUGAUAUUAGCUCUGCUACACCAGCAAGUACAAUUUAUUCUGGGGCACCAGCUACUCCCGUCCAUUCUUCUGCUUCAGAUGUAAUUGUACAUUCUAUUUCACCGGCUGAUAUCACACCAGAGUUUGGUGCUGAUGUUAAGCCUACCAGUUUUAUUGCUGUUUCGGAAGGAUCUGUAGCAACGGAAGUUGUUAUACCAGUACAGAGUGUUCAUGAUCUAGCAGCUCCUGCAGCACCUCAUCUACCAGCUAGAGGCAGGAAAGCCCAAGCAGGAGAAAUGCCUCGCAGGCGAGGCCGAAAACCAAAAUCUAGUGUAAAUGAUGUUAUUCUCAACCCUGCAGUUGCAGUUGGUAGUGGAGGAGCAGACACUAGUGUUUCUUCGUAUCCUCAAGGGAAUAUGCCCUCAUCAGAAGCAAGUGCUGUGGCAGGAUUGCAGAAGGAUUUGGUCACAGUUAAACUGGAUACAUUGUUGCCAGAGGGAGGUAAGGGCAUUUCCCCCCUUGUUCAUGAAGGAGAUAAAGGUGCAACGAUUACAACACCUGUGGCAAAAGAUAUAUGUGUUGGAACUGUAAUGACAUCGGACAACACUAGCACGGUACCAAAUACAUCUCUUGACAAUGUUGGAUUGGUUAAAGUGAGUACUGAGCAAGUUUUUUCGGUAUCUGCACCUACUGUGCCUGUGGUUUCAGAAGGGUUAUUGAAAACGUCACAUGAUGUGGUGGAGGAUAAGCCUGCCGAGAAGCAAGCUGCUUCACGUCGCCGCAGAAAGAAAAUAUCUGGUAGUGAGGACACUGGAGUCAGCACUAGGCAAAGAUCAGCUAUGAAGAAAUCUCAUUACAGUACCCUUGUUAGCAGUGAUGAAGUUGGUGCUGAUAUGAUCCCAAGUGAGAAACCAGUUACAGUGAAAGAAAAAGAACUUCAAGCUACUUCUAAUCAAUUACCAAAUAUGAACUAUCCACUGUAUGAGAAGUCUGGAUAUGAUUCUCAACCAAGCACACCUGUAGCUGUUCCCAUUAAUGAAGCUACAUUUUCUAGUGGUUUCAGUGAUGCUCAUACUACUCAUUCUGAAAUAGCUCCUGCCAGGGAAUCUACCAAUCCUGCUGUCUCUGAAAUAACUCCUGCCAGAGAAUCUACCAAUCCCGCUGUCCAAGGUAAACCAGUGGAUUUGCAGUUCCAAGCGCUUGUUUCUGUUGCUUCCCAGAAUAAAGCACAGCACAAGGCAGGGAAGGAACAUUUGAUGGUGUAUUCUGGAGGCCCUGCUACUCAUUUUGAAAUGGUUCCCAAUCCUGCUAGUGAUCAUAAAACAGCAAAAGUUCAGUUUGAACCGCCUGCUUCCUUGCUUCAGAGUUCAGGUAAGGACAGCACUGCACUGCCUUUGGACAUUGAUGGUGCUGCUUUGAAUAAGGUACCUGGUAGGAGGCGGAAAGGCUCAGCUCGUGAACCACGUACCAGAAGUAAUUCCGCAACAGCUGCAUGUGAACGUCGUGCUCGACUCGCUGGGUUGAAGCAGACAGAUGAUACGAAAAACCUAGAGGUAUCAGCAAAUCCAAGCGCAGCAGUUUGUGUUUCAACAAUCGAGCAGCAGGGAGCUGGCUUUUCAAGAGCCGAGCUUAUCACUGCUUCUGUUUGUGAAGCACAGAAGAAUCCUGGGAAUCAUGUGUCUAGUGACAUUUCAAUUCCUGUGGGGAUAUUAGAGACGAAGAUAGAACCGACUAACCAAACUGCUAGCCAGUCAGGCGCCGCAGGUACGGAAAAAACAAAUGCCACAAUGAUCACCCAGACCCCUGCAGGGGCUGCUGAAUCAGAAGAAAGAAACAAAUGCCACAAUGAUCAGCAAGGUAUUGAGGCUGAUAGUUUGGAACUACAAACAAAAAUGGUUUCAGCUGCGGAGCCAACACCUGCAAACAAUGAACACAUGCAAGGUAUUGAGGCUGAUAGUUCAGUACAACAAAAAGAAAUGGUUUCAGCUGCGGAACCAACGCAUGCAAAUGAUGAACACAUGCAAGGUAUCGAGGUUAAUAGUUCAGGACAACAAACAAAGAUUGUUUCAGGUGUGGAACCAGGACACGCAAAUGGACACAUGGUUCAUGAAGUACAUCUUAAGGCUGCUGAUGGUAAUAUACUUAGCUCUAGUACGGCACUGGACAUAUGGCAGGAUAAAGUUUAUAGCGGUGCUGCUUUCCAGUCAGGUGCCCCAUGUACUGUUGAAACUGCUAGGCAUUCUGAUUCAUCACUAGCAAACAGCAAAUCCCCUCGUGAUGCCUCAGAUAAGGACACUCCUGGCUCCACUGAAGAUGAUAAUGGCUUGUGCAGUGACAGCACUGCUGUUGAUGUGACUGGUUCUAAGCAAGAUAAUGUGAAAGAUGCCAACAUGCCAAUUGAUGAUAUUUCUAGGGGUUCUUCCAGUCAUUUGCAUGUUGCUUUACAAUCAACUGAGUCAAAUCAGCCUGCAGAUCAAGAGGAGAUUUUGGAGAAUAGUGGCUUUAAAUUUGCAUGUAGCAAGGAACAGGUGAAAAUGGAAGAAACAUUGGAUAAGAAUGCUGGUGACAGUCCAACUCAUAGUCAGGCAAAUGAUGAUUUCCAUAACACAGCUUUAGGAAAUCCUCCUUCAGAAAACUCAAAUGAGGAUUGUCCUGCUCAAGGAACUAAGGGAACUACCAUUGAUGUCCUGGCUAUGAAUACUGAUGACCCUGAGGAAGCUCGUGAUGCUUUGUCCACCCAAUCUGGUAAAGAGACCAGAAUGGUAGAAGUUGGUGAACAUACUAAUGGUACUACCACUGUUUGCGAAGUACACAAGGAUCUCAAGAACCAUGUAUCUGGUGAAGUGACAAUGCCGGUUGAGUCAUCAGAUCUCAAGUUAGAACUGAUAAACCAAUCAGAAUCUACUGGUCUCUCUGGUGCAGCUGACGUUGAGGAAACAAAUGCCAGCGUAAGCAUUCUGACUCCUGCAUUAGCUGAAUCGGGAGAACAAAGACCAGCUGGAGGUUAUGCGCAUGAGUUGAUUGAAGGGAUUGGGUUCGCUAGGACUAAGGCAUACUGCACCGUUCCAAUGCCAAGUUCAGACGAUAACAGUACUGAGGUUCACAGUUCAGAAGUGAAGAUGGUUUCAGCGGCAGAGCCAGCAUCUACAAAAGAUGAUCAAGAGCAUCAGAUGCAUGGCGUACAUCAUGAAACUGGUGAUGCUGCUAUACUUUUGUCUGGUGGGGAGCAGGACAAAAUACUAGAUAACACCGAUAGUAGUACUGAUGUAGACCUACCCACUUGUCAAAGAAGUGCAAAUUUUGAGGGUGAAAAGGAUCAUUCUGCUGGGACUAUUUUAGCAGGCAUCCAAGCCCCUUGUGAUGCACCAAAUAAGGAUACUCCAGCUCCUUAUGAAGAUGAACAAAACGAUGCUUUGGUUAGAACUAGCGGUAGUCAUUCAGAAGCACCCAGUUCACUUGAACUAGUUGCUGUAGUACCAACUCAAGAAGGUACUAUUGCAAACCAAGAGGAGAUCAUAGACACAGUAGUUUUUAAGCAUGAUUGCAACACAGAACCCCAUGGUGAUGCUGCUGAUGCUAGAGGAGCAGAACUGAUUGAAGGUGUUCAUUCUGCUGAAGAGCAACCUGCUGUAUCUGAACUUGUUGAGACACAGACAACACCAACUGACAUUUCUGGUCCUAUGCAAAAUGAACCUGUUCAGACAGCAGGGUUAGAAAAUGACUGCUCUGGAUUAAAGCACGGUGGCCCAACUGCCUCAUCUGAGCAUGUUGCUGUAGCACCCGAGCCAAUAGAUGAAACUUCUGUUAUGCAAGUGGAACUAGAGGCAACAAAAUCAGAGGAUGGGUACUGCAUGGCAGAGGACGGUGGUGCUUCAUCUGAAACUGUCAUGGAAAUGGAGGCAAAUGAAGAAACUACUGUUCAUAUGCAAGAGGAUAUUGCAGAAGCUAAUUAUGCUUUUGCUGCUUGUGAAGGAUGCAAGGAUCCUGAGAAUCAUGCAUCUGGUGAAGUGGCGAUAGCAGUACAGUCUUCAAAGGUCAAGUCAGCAUCUGCGAUUCAGUCUGCUGCAGCAUAUAUAAGCACGCAGGCUCCUGCAUUACCUGAACCUAGAGAAAAAAGAUCACCUGGAAGUGACUUGCAUGGUACAGAACAACAAACCAAGGUGGCUUCAGCUGCACAACUAUCACCUGCAAAUGAUGAACACAUGCAAGCUCAUUUGUUUACAGGUACUGUAGUUAAUACUUCAGAGCAGCAAACAAAGAUGAUUUCAGCUGCGGAAGCAGCACCUGCAAAUGAUGAACAUGUGCAAGCUACUCUUUCUCACACGCACGUGCCCACACACACACACGCCAUAGUUCCUGCUCCAGAUGAGAAGAGUAGUAUUGAGGUUCAUAGUUCAGAGCAACAAACAAAGAUGGUUUCCGCUGUGGAGAUUGAUGCAGUGGGCAUCCAGGAUACUGCUGUUGUUGAUCAUGAGGGAACAAGAGGAACAGGUGAUCUGAAUGAAAUAAGUACACAGGCUCCUGCAUUACCUGGAAGUGACUUGCAUGGUGUUGAGGCACAUAGUUCAGAACAAAUGAAGAUGGUUUCAUGUGCAGAACCAGCAUCUACACCAGGUGUUGAGGUUAAUAGUUCAGAACAACAAACAAAAAUAGUUUCAGCUGCAGAGACUGAAACAGUGGGUGUCGAGGAGACUGCCUCUGCUGAUCAUGAGGGAACAGGAGGUACAGGUGAUCCAAAUGACAUAAGCACACAUGUUCCUGUAUUAGCUGAAUCUGGAGAAAAAGGAUCACCUGGAAGUGACUUGCGUGGUAUUGAGACUCAUAAUUCAGGACAAGGGAAGAUGGUUUCGGCUGCAGCAUCUACACCAGAUGAUCAAGGACACAACAUGCAUGAAGUGCAUCAUACAACUGGUGAUGACACUGUAUUUUUGUCUAGUGGGGAACAGGACACAUUGCAAGAUAACAUGCCCACUUGCGACACAAAUGCAGAUUUUGAGGGUGAUAAGGACCAUCCUACUGAGGUUGUCUUAGAAGGUAUCCAAGCCCCUUGUGAUGCCUCAGACAAGAUCCAUUCUACUGAUCCACCUGCAACUACCCUUGUGACAGCUGAAUCUGAUAAAGAUACCGGUGAUGAGGAAAUUGUUUGUGCUGGCAAGUUAGAAUCUUCUGGUGGUGGUGAGAUUGUUCCACUUGGUGUCCAGGAGGCUGCUGCUGUUGCUGAUCAUGAGGGAACACGAGGGAUAGGUUAUCUGGAUGACAUGAGCAUGCAUGAUCAUGCAUUAGCUGGAUCUGGAGAAAAAGGAUCACUUGGAAGUGACUUGCAUGGUAUUGAAGCUUAUGGUUCAGAACAAAUGAAGAUGGUUUCAGGUACACAAGCAGCAUCUAAUAUGGCUUUAGUAGGAUAUUCUUCUUCAGAAGACUCAAUGGAGGAUGAUUCUGCCCAAGUAGCUGAUGGUGGUGAUUUAGUGGAUAGUAAAGGAGCCAGUGUUGAUGUCCAAGAAACCACCUCUGCUCUUCCAGAGAAUACUGAUAUGAAUUGGCAAAGCUGCUCCUUGCAACAUGGGAAUGAUUCUCAUGCAACUACCACCAUGAUGGCUGAAUCCGAUAAAGAUGCCGGUGAUGUUGAAAUUGUUUGCGCUAGCAAUAUAGAAUCUUCUAGUGGUGUUGAGAUUGAAACAGUGGGUGUCCAAGAGACUGGCAUCGCUGAUCAGCAGGAAACAAAAGGAACAGGUGAUCUGAAUGAGAAAAGUGGCAGUCCGCAACAUGUUGAUGGCAGUGGUACAUCAUGUUCCACACUAGGUAUUGUGUCUGAAAAAGAACCUAGUGGAGAAGGGCUUACUGUGGGUAGCGAUUCAGAAGUGCCCACUUCAGUUGAACUUGUUGUGGAAUCAACUCAAGAAGCUACCAUUCCAAACCAAGAGGAAAUUAUUGUUUGUGAAAAGGCAUCUAGUGGAGAAAAGCUUACUGUGGGUAACCGUUCAGAAGUGCCCACUUCAGUGGAACCUGUUUCUGUAGAAUCAACUCGAGAAGCUACUAUUCCAGACCGAGAAGAAAUCAUAGAUACUGUGGGUUCUAAGCAUGAAUACAACAGUAGAUCCAGUGGUAAUGCUACUGCUGCUAGAGGAGCAGAACCGACUGAAGUGGUUCAUUCUGCUGAAGGGCAACAUGUUUUGUUUGAACUUGUUGAUUUGCAAACAAAGCCAACUGAGAUCUGUGGUCCUCUGCAAAAAGAAUCCAUUAGCAUAGCAAACUUGGAAAAUGACUGCUCAGAACCGAAAGAUGGUGGCCCUACUGUCUCGUCUGAGCAUGUCGCAGAACCCGAGCCAAUUGAAGAAACUUAUGUUCUGCAAGUGGAACUGGCAACGAGUGCAGGGGAUGGAUGUGCAGCAGUGGAACCUGGUGGUGUUUCGUCUGAAACUGUUAUGGAACCGGAGCCCAUUCAAGAAAUUGUUGUUCCUAUGCAAGAAGAUGGUACAGAAGCUAAUGAUAUUGCUACUGCUUGCCAAGUAUGCAAAGAUCCUGAGGGUCAUGCAUCUGGUGAAGUGUCAAUGCCAGUAGAGUCAGAAGUUGUUCCUAUGCAAGAGGAUGGUGCAGAAGCUAAUGAUACUACUACUGCAUGUGAAGUUUGCAAAGAAACUGAGAGCCAUGCGUCUGGUGAAGUGCCAUUGCUAGUAGAGUCAUCAGUGCUCAAGUUGGAACUGUCGAACCAAUCAAAUGACUUCCAAGGUAGGCCCCCCCAGCCUGAGACGCCCUGCACUGUAUCAAUGCUAAGCACAGCUCAGCGUGAUGCUGCAGAUGUUGAUCUUCCUGUUAUAGUGGGAGCCGAGGUGCUAAACAUUGAGCCUGCACCUGUUGGUGAAAAUGCAAAACUUGGUGAACCUGACACAUUGCUAUCUUCAUCUAGUGAGGCCAUGGUAGAUGUAUCUAGUGAGCCGCCCAACCAAGAGGUAAAGGAGGCUCCAAGCACUGACCCUCCGGAAAACAAUGAAAAUCCAAAGCCUUCACCUGGCGGUGAACAUGCGGAACUUGGUGAAGCUGACACAUUGCUAUCUUCAUCUAGUGAGGUUAUGGUAGACGUAUCUUGUGAGCCUCCCAGCCAAGAGGUAAAGGAGGCUCCAAGCACUGACCCUCCGGGAAAUGCUGAAAAUCCAAAGCCUGCACCUGGCGGUGAACAUGCAAAAUUUGGUGAAGUUGACACCAAACAGCAAUCGCUAUCUUCAUCUGGAGAGGCCAUGGUAGACAUAUCUAGUGAGCCACCCAGCCAAGAGGUAAAGGAGGCUGCAAGCACUGAAAAUGAUGAAAAUGCGAAGACUGAAAUGGCUGCUGCUACGCAGGGACUGUUAAACGCUGAACGUGCUCCUGGUAAUGAAAACGCAAAACCUGGUGAAGCUGACACUGAACGGCAAUUGAUACCUUUAUCUGGUGAGGUUGAAUCAUGUAGCGAGCUUCCCAACCAAGAGGGAAAGGAGAUUCCAAGCACUGGCCCGUCGGGAGAUGAUGAAAAUGCAUAGUCGGAAAGGGCUGCUGUUGUUCAGGAACUGUUUGGAGAUGCAACCCUCACUGUUUCAACUGGUGCACAGACAGGUGGUGGUUCGGAUCAGCCAUUGCCGUCUCCAAGAGGACAAGAUGCGGAAGCAGAGGCCGAUGGAGGUGUAAACUACGACAAAUAUUGUUCAUUAGUGCUUUAGUUGUGACUAUCGCAAGCUUUUGCUGAAAUCAAUGUUAAUUCCCGUGGUGCUGAAAUGCAGCAAUGGUGGCACACGGCAGUUAAUUGUUUUCUAGCGUCUGAAUGUUCUUGCCGAACUGAUGUGUCACUGGAGCCACAUUGCAUUGGAUUAUUUUGUAGACACAGUAUCGGUUUGUCUCGUCUUACAUCGAACGUAGCUUUCAUGUCAGGUUACAUUUGUUGAACCACCAAAAGGUUUUAGUGUGUCAAAAUCCUUUAACCGUGAUGAGGUGCUCUGCUUCAAAUCUA